AGUUAUCUAUCUAGUAGAUUGUUAUCAUGAUCUAGUGGUUACAUGAUGAUUUCAAUAACCACUUGAAUCAUGAUCUAGUAGUUAUAAGGUGGUUUUCUAUAACCACCUCAUGAUCUAGUAGUUAGGGUGGUUGUUAGUUAGGGUGGUUGUCAUUAUGUCAUAUAAAUAAGACCAUAGUUCAUGUAGCAAGGUAUUGAGAUAGAGAAAGAGACAGAUAGAGAGUCUGUGUGCAUUUGGUAUCUUGUAAGUGUCUUAUCAAUCCUCCUGCUUUUAAUACUACAUCAGUUUUCUUGAGUCGAAAGGCUUCUUUUUACUCGUAUCGUAGUAUUAUGUUUCUCCUUGCUUCUCCAUCCCCAACAUUUGUGGUAUCAGAGCCUAGUUUCAAUCUGAACUGGGCAUUAUGGCUUUUAAUAGCAAUUCCGUGUCUCAACCCCUUAUCCCCAUCUUCUCGGGCAAAAGUUAUGAAUUUUGGAGUAUCAAGAUGAAGACUCUAUUCAAGUCUCAAGAUCUUUGGGACUUAAUAGAGAAUGGAUAUGCAGAUCCAGAUGACGAAAUCAGGUUGAGAGAGAAUAGAAAGAAGGACUCAAAGGCAUUGUUCUUCAUUCAACAAGCUGUACAUGAGACGAUCUUUUCAAGAAUUGCAGCAGCAACAACCUCAAAGCAAGCUUGGUUGAUACUUCAAAAUGAAUUUCAAGGCUCAUCAAGGGUGAUUACGGUAAAACUUCAAACCUUCCGUCGUGAGUUUGAAAUUUUGUUCAUGAAAAGUAAUGAAUCGGUGCAAGAUUUUCUUUCUCGAGUGAUUGAAAUUGUUAGUCAAAUGAAAUCUUAUGGUGAACAUUUUCCUGAUCAUAUAAUUGUUGCAAAAGUUUUGAGAAGUUUAACUCCGAAAUUUGAUUAUGUUGUUGCCGCAAUUGAGGAAUCAAAAGAUUUAUCUACUUAUUCAUUUGAUGAACUAAUGGGUUCCUUGCAAGCACAUGAAGUAAGGUUGAACAGGUCACUUGAAAAAAGUGAAGAAAAAGUAUUUCAGGCUAAGGGGGAGUCUUUUAUUUCAAAAGGACAAAAAAUCAACAGGAAGAGGACGUGGCAGAGGAAAAGAGAAAAGCAAGCAAGUUAUGUGGAGAAAAAUGAAGAAAAUAGUUCCUCAAGUUAGUCGCAUAACUUCCCCCACGAUGAAGUCUGACAUGGUUGGCGAGCAACUGGAGGACGACGCCAUGGCACUGAUGAAGCAGCUGACAAAGCAAGAUCCGAGUAAGAACGUGGUGGUGCUGGCAAUUGUGGGGAUCGGCGGCAUCGGAAAGACCACCCUCGCUAAGAAGGUGUUCAAUGAUGGUAAAAUCAAAGCCAGCUUCCGCACCACCAUCUGGGUGUGCGUGUCCCAAAAGUUCAGCGAGACGGAUCUUCUCAGAAAUAUCGUUACAGGUGCUGGUGGAAGCCAUGGUGGAGAACAGAGCAGGAGUCAGCUGGAGCCCGCGGUGGAGCGUCUCCUGAGAGGGAACAAGUUCUUGCUGGUGUUGGAUGAUGUUUGGGGUGCUCAGAUCUGGGAAGACUUGCUCCGAAAUCCUUUGCAGGGAGGAGCAGCAGGGAGCAGGGUGCUGGUGACCACCAGAAACGCAGGGAUCGCGAGGCAAAUGAAGGCGGCCCACGUCCACGAGAUGAAGCUGCUGCCUCCGGAGGAUGGCUGGUCGCUCCUGUGCAAGAAGGUGACGACGAAUGCAGAGGACGAAAGGGAUGCCCAAGAUCUCAAGGACACAGGCAUGAAGAUUGUUGAGAAAUGCGGAGGGCUUCCCCUGGCCAUCAAGACCAUCGGAGGGGUCCUCCUCGAUAGAGGACUCAACAGAAGUGCGUGGGAGGAAGUUCUCCGCAGCGCCGCAUGGUCACAGACCGGGCUUCCCGAAGGUGUGCAUGGAGCACUGUAUCUGAGCUACCAAGACUUGCCGUCCCAUCUCAAGCAAUGCUUUCUCUACUGUGCCUUGUUCCCCGAAGACUAUUUGUUUGACAGGCCUGGAAUCGUCAGAUUAUGGAUAGCCGAGGGGUUUGUCGAAGUACGAGGCGAUGUCACGUUGGAGGAAACAGGGGAGCAAUAUUACAUAGAGCUGCUUCAUAGGAGCCUUCUACAAUCGCAACCUUACAGUCAGGACUACGAUGAGUAUUACACGAUGCAUGACCUGCUGCGAUCGCUCGCCCAUUUCCUUUCGAGAGAAGAGAGCUUGUUCAUUAGUGACGUGCAAAACGAGUGGAGAAGUGGUGCCGCCCUGAUGAAGCUACGUCGGCUGUCGAUUCGGCUCGCUGUAACCACGGACAUCCAGCAUAUCGUCAAUUUGACCAAGCGACAUGAGUCAGUGAGGACAUUGUUAGUGGAGGGAUCACGCGGCAUUGUGGGGGAUGUAGAUGAUUCCUUGAAGAACCUUGUGCGACUUCGAGUCCUGCACCUUAUGCACACAAAUAUCGAGAGCAUAUCACACUAUAUCGGAAAUUUGAUACACUUGAGAUACUUGGAUGUGUCUCAUAGCCAUAUAACGGAGCUUCCAGAAAGCAUAUGCAAUCUGACGAAUUUGCAGUUUUUGAUCCUCAAAGGAUGUUUCAAGUUGACACAGAUCCCCCAGGGUAUAGAUAGGCUACUCAAUCUAAGGACACUCGAUUGUAAAGAUACAGACUUGGAGAGCUUACCAUGUGGAAUAGGAAGGUUGAAGCACCUCAAUGAACUCGUAGGAUUCGUGAUGGACACGCCUACUGGUUCGUGCCCAUUGGAAGAAUUAGGCAGCCUCCAGGAGCUCAGAUACCUCUCCGUUGACAGGUUGGGGAGGGCGUGGCUGGAAGCUGAACCGGGAAGGGAUACGAGCGUAUUAAAAGGUAACCAUAAACUGAAGAAUCUACAUUUACAUUGCUUAUCCACACUGACAUCCGAUUGUCACACGGAGGAAGAGAUUGAAAGAAUGGAGAAGGUGUUGGAUGUGGCACUUCAUCCACCAUCAUCUGUUGUUUCGCUCAGUUUAGAUGGUUUCGGCCUCCGGUACCCCAGCUGGAUGGCGUCUGCAAGCAUCAGUUCGCUUCUUCCAAACAUAAGACGCUUGGAACUAAUUUAUUGUCUUCAUUGGCCACUGCUUCCACCGCUAGGGAAGCUCCCUAGCUUGGAGUUUCUUGAAAUCGUCGGUGCAGAUGCAGUGACCACCAUCGGACCGGAAUUUUUUGGGUGUGAAGUUGCUGCUACCGGUCAUGAUCGUGAACGGAAUUCAAAGCUCCCUUCUUCUUCUUCUCCUCCUCCUCCUCCUUCGUUGUUUCCGAAACUAAGGCAGCUGGAACUCUGGAAUAUGACAAACAUGGAAGUGUGGGAUUGGGUAGCGGAAGGUUUUGCUAUGCGUCGCCUCGACAAAUUGGUCCUCGAAAAUUGCCCCAAGUUGAAGUCUCUACCGGAAGGCCUGAUCCGACAGGCAACCUGCUUAACCACAUUGGAUCUGUCCGAUGUGUGUGCUCUCAAGUCCAUCAGAGGUUUCCCUUCUGUAAAAGAACUGAGUACAAGUGGUGAAUCAGAUCUGGAGAUUGUUGCUGAUCUUCCUGCACUGGAGUUCUUGAAUUUGGGCACGUAUCGUCGUCGCAACAAUCAUUUACCAGAGUGGUUGGCGCAACAAUCAUUCACUACGCUCCAGAGACUGGACGUGCGGGGAACCACCCAAAUACUCCGCAGAUGCCUCCAAAAUGGCGCAGACUGGCCCAUGAUCGAACGCUUUCCAAAAUUUUCCAUCGAAGAUGGCCGAGGCAAUUAUAUAAACUACAUCAAGCAUUCCUGCACCUUCGACACAAACCUAGUCGAUGAUGAUGCUGUUUUUGCUGCUGUUGCUGCUGAAGAAGAAGAAGAAGAAGAAGAAGAAGUCAAUGAGCUUUGA